GAGGAAAUACCGCACCUCAUAUUUAUGUGGCAUUAUUUUCCCAUUUGUGGAUCACCACCCGAAGCUUAAUAGCACUCAUCCCCUAUAUAAGUCAGGCGUUAGGCAAACAUAGUCAACCGACCACUGAUUAGAGCACUUCAGCACCCAGAGAGCCAAAGACGACAGCCAGUGUGUUCUAUUGAGAGGACUUUGAACAUAAUUUAUUUUUGUGAAACAUCAUCGAAUACUUUCGUUUUUGUAAGAUUUUGCAUUAUUUUUGGUACAGCUAAGAACCUGACCUGAGCAGAUAUUAGUUUACAGCAUUUGACAAUUGAGACAGACGUUCCAACUGAAAUUUCUUCUUCAACGCAACUCAUCAUUCGACUUUGCAAGCAAGAUGGUUUCUGUCAAAGUUUUAGUUGGACUCACGCUGGUGGUUCUAGCGUGCAUUACCCCCCUGACGUCGGCUAUGGGCUGCGGACUGCCCUGUUCCCAGCGCGUGCUAUCCAAAUGUAUCCGACCCACGGGCUGCGAGCUGGCCAAACGACCGUGUGGAUGCUGCCCGACUUGUGCGCUGAAAGAAGGGGACCUUUGUGGUGCUUGGACGUCAUGGUGCCAGAAAGGCCUAUGGUGCUACAGUGGUAUGAUGCGACUGGGCUUCGAAAGGGUUCCACCCGAAUUGUUCCAGUUCCGUGGCAUCUGCACCAAGAAGCCCGGCUUUGAGACUCACCAUAAACUGAACGACCCUACCAACCCCACCAGCAUCACCCACCAGGGCACCACUCUGCCCUCAGGCAUCACCUACGGCAAGGUAAUUAUGAACCUUUUGUUAUUUUGUUUUAGGUAAUCUCUUUGUAUGGCU